GCAGUCGUCAGUCGAAAGUUUCCUUCGGCGCGGUACGGACGCGUGUUCAACCGAAAUCUCUCAGAUCGAUCGUUCCAAUAGUUCUGCAGUUCAUAAUAGUUCCAAGUGCUGUUCGUGGCGCGCACCAAAAGUUUUGGGUAUACAUUUAUUUAGAAAAGUGAACUUACUUUAAGUAAACUCGUGUGCAAUAAAUAACUAUUGGAUAGUGGAAGAAAGUUGUUGGAGAAAACAGACGGAGUGAUAAAGUUUGAAUUCCAAAGUAGCGGGAGCCCUUUUCCGGUAUUGUGUGGAUAUUUUAUGCAAAUUGUCGGAGUUAAGCUGGCGCCCACUUUAGAAAACUUCUGCCAAUUGAACCCGGUGCUACAUAGGAAAAAGUGUUGGAUGUGUUGUGUGGUGGAAAAAAAACAAAAUAAAUAAACCAAAAUCGCCACAAUUAGCACUCACAGUAGUGAAGAAAUAGAAAGGAAAAAAAAGUUCAACAGUAGUAAAGUGCAAAAAGUGGCUUAAUCCAAGUGAACCAAAACUAGCGCGUAACCGCCGAGUGUUACAGAAGACCCCUCGAAACCUCCAAAAAAGAAAAAGAUACAUAGUGUACCACACUUUCACACACUCAGUGACUCCCGUAAGCCGGCUGCUUACGGUGACUGCUAUCUAGUGCAAAACCAAGUGUAUAGAAAGGACCCACAAAAAAGCAAUGACCGUGGCGACAUACAAAGAAACGCUGAAUCAAUCAGCGCCCUCGUCGGCACCUGAGCUUCUGCCCAAUGAUGACAUCGUGUGUGGCGGUGGCGGCGGCGGCGGUGGUGGCAGUGAUCUAAGAGAUGCCACCACUGUGCUUCAGACAACCGCUGCUACUGCUGGCCAGGUCGAACAGAAGCUCACCGAGAUACAACAGUUUUACGACCGGUGCAGUGUUUUCAUCACCGGUGGCACCGGAUUCCUGGGGAAAACACUCAUCUACAAACUUUUAACCAGCUGCCCGGGUGUAGAGAACAUAUUCCUGCUAGUCCGAAGUAAACGUGGAAAGGACAUCUUUUCCCGCGUGGAGGAAAUCUUUGACGAUGCUAUGUUUGACAAAAUGAAGCUAGCCUGCCCAAAGUAUGAUCAUAAAAUCAGAGCCGUCGCCGGAGAUUGCAUGCUGCCCAGUCUUGGGAUCAGUCCAUCUGAUCGGGAGAUUCUGGUAGAGAACAUCAAUAUCGUAUUUCAUCUGGCCGCCACGGUGCGGUUCGACGAGAAGAUGAAAACGGCGAUGCAAAUCAACGUGAAGGCAAGCCGGGACGUUCUGGACCUGUGCUACGAGAUGAAGAACCUCAAGUCGAUCAUCUACGUUUCCACCGCGUACACACAGUGCCCCCAGAAGGAGGUGGAGGAGCGAUUCUACGAGCCGCCCAUUGACUCCAAGAAGAUGAUCGGCCUCACCGAUUGCGUCAGUGAUGCAAUGAUGGAAAAUAUUACACCAAUCUUGCUGGACAAGUGGCCUAAUACGUACACAUUCACAAAGGCAAUCGCUGAAGACAUGGUCCGACAGAACAGCAGGGGAAUGCCAAUCGGCAUGUUUCGACCAGGCAUUGUAAUCGCUACCUAUCAGGAACCGGUUCCAGGAUGGAUUGACAAUUUCUACGGCCCAACGGGUGUGAUUGCUGGCGCCGGCACCGGAGUGCUGCGAACUCUUCGAGCGGAUCCUACCAAAGUGGCCAACAUGGUCCCAGUGGAUCUAUGUGUCAACGGUAUCAUAUCAGCGGCGUGGGAUAUUGCUGAACGAUUCCGAACCGAAAUCAUGCCUGAGCCGGAGAUUCCCGUCUACAACUUCUGCACGGAGAAAUGCAACUGCAUCACCUGGGGUGACUUCACGUACAGCACAAUCAAGUUCGGCUCGAUGUAUCCCACCAUCAAAUCGAUUUGGUACCUGUGCUAUUCGAACAACCCGAACAAAAUCAUGCACUAUCUGACGAUCUUGUUCCUACACUAUGCACCGGCAAUUUUCUUCGACGUCAUCGCGCUGUUCAUCGGACGGAAGCCAAGACUCAUGCGCACCUACAAGAAGAUUCAUCGUUUCAUGGACGUCAUCGAGUACUUCUCCAUGCGCCAGUGGGAUUUCAAAACGAAGAAUACCAACGCAUUGUGGGCGAAACUGUCCAGUGCAGAUCAGAAGCUGUUCUUCUUCAACAUGCGCAAAAUCAACUGGGACUUCUUCCUGGAGCAGUACUUCUGCGGCAUCCGGAAGUACCUUCUGAACGAUCCGCUCGAAACCGUCCCGGAGGCCCUUGUCCGAUGGAAUCGUCUAUACUGGCUGCACCAAGCGACCAAGGUGAUUGUGCUUCUAGUGGUGUACAAGCUGGUGUUUACGAUUUGGGGCUUCCUCAGUUAAGUGCUUACAUACCCUUGGCUUCAAGGUAUCAUCACGCACUUCAUCGAACCAACGACAUAUCCACACAACAUGGAGUAUUCAGGCCAUCACAGAAAAACACAACAAUUCAAAGAUUCAUUUGCUAGCUUUAGUAUUUGCGUUAAGUUUGGUAGGCCCAGACAACGACUAGGGAAAUAACAAUGAUGGACUCAAAGAUACGUCGGAGAUGCUACGGUACAACUCAUCGCUCGACACACUGGAAGUUUACCUAGAGAAACCAUCUUUUAUGCAUGUCAUCUUCACGAUGAGCAACAGUACAUUCGUGUUUUCUGUUGGUGUCGUUUCCUCGUCGUUAUGUUCGUUCUGGAUAGGUAUUAAGGAAGUAUUGUUUUUAUACAUAGAGCAAAUUAUUCGGUACUUUUCAAAAUGAAAAUCUCUUCUAAGACCAUUACAGUGCAUGGUUUAAACCUUAAACGUGUUAGUAUUAAUUGUUAUUAAGGAUAGUAUAGCACAAGGUGUGAAAUACAGCGAUAAGAAUAAGGAAAAGCCGUUCCGAUUUUUGAACGGUUGGAUUUUCGUAAUGUAUAGCUUUUUAGGAAGAUUACCAAUAAAGUAU